UUUUUUUUAAAUAUAACAGUGCUUCUGAAAAGACUUCUGAUGAUUUAAUCUUUCUUUUUCCAAUUAACACUUUUUCUUGCAAGAAAUCAAUUUUGUAGUGAGAGUAAUGGUAAGUUAAUUCUCAGCCCCUGAGCUUGCAGCAGAUAGUACUGAUGUGGAUUUUUGUAUCAUGCUAUGUCAAAAUAGUAAAUUAAGGUCUUGAUUCGGAUUCCACAAAAAGCAAGAAUAAGCAUAUGCUUUUGCCUUCUUGAAUGACGAAUGUUAGCAUUGCUGAUUUUAGUACUAGGAGUAAAAUUCAGCUAUAUGGAUUUAUAGUCUUUUUAAAAUACUGACAAUAUAUUUAAUUAUUUCAGUGAUUUAUAGUUUUCAAUACAAAUUUUGUUCUAUCUGCAUGACAGCUAUUAUAGAUUGAAUUUAACUUCUUGUUUCUCAAUAAUGGUUUCAAAAGGUGCUUUUUAAUGCUGCCAUCAGCCUGUGUAUGACCAUAGUACUUGCUUUUCAAUAUAUUACUUCAAGUUAUCUUCCUUCUUUUCUUUAAUGUAUUCCCCUCUGUAGGAAGGCAAGAACUCUUACUUUUGGUAAGAACAUUUUUAAGAAUUAGUAGAAGUUUAAACAGCCCUUGUUAAUGCUGCCAACUGCUAAAUAGUUUGCAGUGUCGUUGUUCCCUGUCCUGUAUAAGAAAAACAAACUACUUGGUUCCUUCUUUCUGUCUACUGUUCUCAGUAUAUUUUACAACAUACCUUAUUUGGUGCUCUUGCUCUAAAUAAAUAGUUGGCUGUGUUCAUGCUUGUCAUUAAUGGAGUGAAAUCAAGAUACAAUUCCUUCGUAUCAGCUACAGUGGGGCCAGAACUUCAGCGUAACAAAUUACUCUAGAAAAUACUGUGGUUGCAUGCACUAGCACAUCACUGUAAACAUAAAGCUUGUGAAAAAUCUGUAGCUAUUAAGCCUUUGGCAGUUGUAAUUUAUUUUUGUACCUUUGCUUUUUUAGAGCGGAUGAUGAGAAUAUUUGGUCCAGUAACAGGAGUUUGCCAAGAAAAUCAAGGAGGAGCUUUGAAAUCAAGAAAAAUGGUGAACUGAUUAUUUUCUGAGACUGAAACUUCAGGCUUUCCCUUUUCAGAUACUGAAACAGCUGCUAAAAUGAAGGAUAAAGGAGACACUGAGAAAAAUUACACAAAGCAUCAAAAUUCCUUAACUGGGAGAAAAAUGCAAGCUGCUGGCAGUGUACCCUGUAUUCCAAACUAGGAGCGGAUACUUACCAUGACUGUUUUUGUCAAAACCAAAAGGCAGAGGUGGAAGUAUGACUCCAUUUGUUUGGAAGGCGUGAAGUAUUCCUGCAAGGAACCAAUGGAGGAGAUGAACAGCCAGCACCCAGGGCUCACUGGCCUGAGGAAUCUGGGCAACACGUGCUACAUGAACGCAAUUUUGCAGUGCCUCUGCAGCGUGCCACCGCUUGUGGAGUAUUUCCUCUCAGGAAAGCACAAAGCAGCCCUACACAAGGAGAAUGGCGAGUCUGUGACUGCCUUUGGCUGGUUGAUGUCUGAUAUGUGGCUCGGAGAGUUUGACUGUGUUUCCCCGGAGGUUUUUCAUUCAGUCCUUGGGAAGCGGUACCCAACUUUUAGCAAGAGGACGCAGCAGGAUGCACAGGAGUUUCUGAUCUGUGUGCUGAAUGAGCUCCACGAGGGUCUCAAGAAGUCAAGCAAAAGGAGGUGCGUAACUGAUGCAAAAGCAAGCAGAGGGAGUGUCAGUGAAACAUCUAUUAUCACACAGUUAUUUGAGGGACAACUCAGUUACGAUAUCAUGUGUCUGGAAUGCAAGACCACCAUCGACAGACCCGAGAGGUUCACUGUUCUUUCCCUGCCCAUCCCUUCCACAAGCGCAUGCUCUUUGCAGGACUGUCUCAAAUGUUUCUUUCAGCAAGACAUACUGACUUGGAACAACCAAAUCCAGUGUUCCUGGUGUGGAACAAAACAAGAUGCUGCAGUAAAGGCCACCAUAACCAAGGCACCGCAGAUCAUUAUUUUCCACCUAAAGAGGUUUGAAUGGCAAGGCAAGCACAAAAGGAAACUCUCAACUGACAUCUGCUAUCCACUCAGCAAUCUGGAUCUUUCUCCCUACAGUUCCCCACUUUUCUGCAAGGAUGCAGAGUACAGCUUGUGUGCUGUAGUGAACCACUCUGGUUUUCUGGAUGAUGGCCACUACACGGCAUUCUGCAAGCACUCAGUCACCAAAAACUGGUACAGCUUCGAUGAUGCACAGAUCACCAAGAUCCCAAAUGCCUCAGUGCAGUCUGACACAGCGUAUCUCCUAUUCUACACCUGUCAAGGCCUUCUCUGCACCCAUUAAAAAUCUGCUAGCGAUGGAAAACGAACAGUGAGUAGGCCAGCAAUUAGAAUUCAUUGGCAGCAUUAGCCGAGUCCUGUUUCAUCAAUAAACUAGAGCAUUUGCACUACCAA